CCUAGAUGCGCUUAGGGCUCUUGGUUCGCCAUGGAUGCCCUGGCCAAGGCGAAGGAAUUCGAGAGCAAGGCGGAUCGCAAGCUCAAGGGCUGGGGGCUCUUUGGGAACAAGUAUGAGGAUACAGUGGAGCUCUUGCAGCAAGCUGCGAAUCACUACAAGGUCGCCAAAUCAUGGGACAAGGCCGCCAAUUGCUUCGUCAGGGUCGCCGAGAUGCACGUCAAGCUCGAUAGUCGAUACGAGGCCGCCACGAGCUACGUUGAUGCGGCCAAGUGCUACAUGAAAAACAAGCCACAAGAUGCGAUCAAUGCGCUCAAUACCGCGACUAAUAUUUUCUUGGAGAUGGGAAAGCUAUCGAUCGCUGCGAAGCAUUUCAAGGAUGUGGGAGAAUUGUACGAAAAGGAAGAAAAGUGGCAGGAAGCUAUGGAAAGCUAUGAAAAAGCUGCCGACUUUUAUCAAGGAGAAGAAGUGACGAGCUCCGCGAACCAAUGUAAACUAAAGGUUGCUCAAUUUGCAUCCCAACUCGAGCUAUAUCCAAAAGCUAUUGAGGUGUACGAGACAGUGGCCAAAGACUCGAUGGGAAACAAUCUCUUGAAGUACAGCGUCAAGGGGUAUUUGCUGAGCGCUGGUUUGUGCCAUCUCUGUAGUGCUGAUCAUAUAGCCAUCCAAAAUGCCAUCGAGAGAUACGAGGACUUGGAUCCAACAUUUUCGAACACGCGAGAGCACAAGUUUCUUAAGGAUCUAGCCGAGGCGAUCGAGCAAGAGGAUGUCGAGAAGUUUACAGACGUUGUCAAGGAAUUUGAUAGCAUGACUCGACUGGAUGGCUGGAAGACCACAAUGCUGCUGCGAGCGAAGAAUGCUAUGAAGGCCAAGAUUGACGAAGAUGAUGAUCUCACAUAGAGAUGUGACAAUCCCCUUUGAUUGAUAUAUAUAUAGCGUUGUGACUUUGUGUUCGCUUGUUAAA